GGAGUGAAAGAAGGGAGGGUUUAUCAUGAAUCUGUCGAGCUCCAGACCGUCGACUGGAUCCCAGUAACUGUAAGACUUCCUCGAUAAUUGUUUUUAGAACGCUCUCGCUUUUAAUGCGUUUCUUCCUGCCUCACUCAGUGCCAAACAGCUCCAGUAGAGAGGCUGCGUGAUUCUCCUUUAUUUUGUUUGAAGUACAUUUUUUGAAGAUGGAAAAAGAAUACCCACCACAGCAACAAGCUCCACCUUACCCUGGGCCGCCUAUGAACUAUGGCGGUGCAAUGCCACAGCCAGGGCCGUACGCUCAGCCGGGCUACUACCCCGCAGCACCCCCACCCAUGUACCAGGGAGAUGUUGCCUAUGCUCCAGCCACUGCUGUUCCUGCCACAACAGUAACUCACGUGAUUGUAGGACAUGUACUACAUGACGUCCCAGGACAAACUGUCUGUCCCCACUGCCAGCAGUCAGUGAUCACCAGGACAGAGCGCACAGCAGGCCUAAUGACCUGGGCUAUCUGUGCUGGCCUCGGCCUCUUUGGGUGUUUUCUUUGCUGUUGUAUACCAUUCUGCGUUGAUUCCUGUCAAGAUGUGGAGCACCGUUGUCCUUCCUGCCAAAGAGUCAUCUACGUUUACAAGCGAAUGUGAAACCAACUGUGAUUAAGGAAGAAGACCUACAUUCUUAUCUGCAUCUUUACUUGCUCUUUGAUUAUUUUUACACUGAUCAAAAUUAUACCGUAAAAUACAUUUAUCCUAUUGCUGACAUUGUCAUAGUCAUUUUGCUACUUUUCACAUUUCAAUGCUAAUGACAUAAGCCUCACACUGCAGGGAGUCAUAUUAAGCAGUGAGUGGUGAACUUGUAAUUCAAUAAAAAACUGUUGCAUGAUG